AUGCCCCCCUCUCGCUCGAGCAUAACGAGCGACAACAAUGAGCGCCUGGAACCGCGGCUGCUCCGCGCCGCCGAAAACAACGACAUUGACUCCCUCCACAAAAUAAUCUCCCUCGCUAAAGAAACAAACCAACUAACCGACAACUUCCUCCGCAUAGCGCUCAUGCGCAGCGCCGAACGAGCCAAUCCCGAAGCAACAGAAUACCUCCUCAACCACGGCGCAAAAACAGAUGUCCAGUCCAACAGACCCUCCCCACUCCUCCGCGCCGUAGAAAAAGACAACUACCAAAUCGUUAAAUUACUCCUCGACGCAGGCGCAUCACCCAACACGUCCGAUAAGGAAGGUCGCACGGCGCUCAUGACCGCUGCAUGGAAGAACCACGUUGAUAUUUUGCAAUUGCUUAUAUUGCGCGGCGCGGACGUUAAUGCGCGCGAUCACCGCCUGAGAAAUGCGCUGCAUAAUCUUGCUGCUGAUCGGGCGUGUCGAUGGGGGUGGGGCGAGGACGUUGUGAGAGUACUGCUUGUUGAAGGGUUUGAUGGGGGAGGCGUUGAUGAGCUCGGUCGGACGCCGCUGCAUUGGGCUUGUGCGACGGGCAAUUGGAAAUUGGCUGAGAUGUUGCUUUCGCGGCCGGAUGUGGAGAUUGAUGCUGUUGAGUUGAGAGGCAAGACGGCGUUGCAUGUUGCUACGGCUCAUGAUCGGGAGGACAUUGUUCGCUUGUUGCUUGACCAUGGGGCGAGUGUUAACGCUACUAGUGAUGGUGGUUGGACGCCGCUUCAUAAUGCGUGCGAUAAGGGGGACGAGGCCAUUCUGAGAACUCUGUUGGCCCAUGGUGCGCAUUUGAAUGCGCAGCUUUUGAACGGCGUUACUGGGCUGCAUCUUGCUGCUCAGGGAGGCCAUCGCAACAUUGUGGAGUGUUUGCUCGAGAGGAAAGAUUUGAAGAGAAGAGUUCGGGAUAAUUUUGGGAGUACGCCUUUUUUGCGCGCGGCACAGUUCAAGAGGAAAGAUAUUGUGCUUUUGUUGGCGCCUUUCAAUAAUGUGCAGAGUCUUUCCGAGGAUGUGAAGGGGGCCUGUGCGGCUUUUGAUGCGACGGUCGUUGACUUUGGAAAUUUCCAUAAUGAGAACCGUGUCAAGCGCAUCUCGGUAUUUGAUUUGCUGUAUGGCAGGGACAAGGAGAAUCCGAGGAAACAGGCCUUUACUACGCUUCCGGUUGAUAGCCGAGCGACUGAUUUCCGCUGGAUUCAUUUACCUGCCAACAAUAUGGCGUGGGUUGAGGCUUUGCUCACCAAGUCGUUCAUUGAGGAAGGAGCGCACGAUGUGGAUGGGUUCAAGGGCUUGGAGAAGUCCUUUAACUAUCAGCAUCGGGGUCAGAGGACUCACUCACAUUUCAUGCGGCCAUUGUGUCAGAAUACACCACGGACGAUGCGGCGGCGAUAUGAAGAGGAGACUUUGGAGGAACAAGUGUCUGACCAGGGACAACCGAAGUCGGACAAUACGGGUCGCAAGCAAAAAAGUCCAGGUGGCAAACUUGACCGUGUCGAUUCUUAUUCCCACGAUGAAGGCCCAGGAGGCUCUCAUGGAAAGAAGAGCAAAAACAACAACCAGAAGCGAGGAAAGUCAGGAAGUACACCAGGGACCCCUAAGUUUGAAACCAAAGGAAAACCAUCAUGGGGUAUGAGCGAGAAGCAAACACGGGCAUCACCGAUGUCCCUGUCAACCAUGUGUAAAGACCCCCACCCUCUUGUUUCUGAAUGCAACGUCUGCGUAUUCAUGCCCUACCUGCACUUUGAGACUACAGAGCGAAGACAAAAAAUGCAGGAUGCAAUCGCCCGGGCGGAAACGCUGAGCUUUGUGCCGAACGGGAUCAAGCGAAUGCGCACGAGAGAUGAGAUGCUCAUCGACGCACAUCUUUCGUCCUCAACAACCUCGCUCCAUGUCCGUCGAACACUGGACCAAUUUUUCUACCCCAACAUUGACACCCAGAGCCGCGACGGAGAUCAGGUGGUGUUUCGGUACCAGACCAAAAGUCCAGGCAUGGAGUCUGACCCUAAGAUCUUCAUGGUAGAUCAAUUGUGGAUGUGGCUUCUAGGCCCGAAUCUCAUCGUGACGGCCUUUCCCCAGAGAUGGGACCAACCAAAAAACGACCCCCUCAACGUGUUAGAUGGGAUUAUUGAAGACAUCAACUCCAAAACCAGAGACCCUGUCAAGUCUGUAUAUGAUCUGGCAAUCAUAAUUACCAAUCGAUGCUCAGGGGUGUUCGACCGCCACCGACUAGGUGACGAGGAGUAUCAAUUUCUGGACAUGUUCGAGUCAUCCAUCGGCAUAGCAACAGACAAAGAGACACUCCUCUUUAAUCAAUUCAACCAUGCCUCCGUCCAAGCAUCAGACUGGCUAAAAAGCCACCGCAAACUCGACGGAUCUUUCAGCUCAUCCCGCACAGGCACAGACGAGGAUGGCCUGAGCAGCGAUUACUGUGACGAAGAUGGUCAGCCGCUAUUCGUCGACCGACUCCUAGAUAUCGGACAAGAAACCGAUCUCCUGGCAGAAACAAAAGACAUCCGAGACGAGCUGAACAUGAUCCGCACAGUACUGGAUCACCAAAAAUACGUACUGAUCGAUUUCCAAGAUGUGAUCUGCGAGACAUACCAAGGCCAGCACCGCUCACAGGUUGAAGUCAAGAAACGAUUCAAGGAUCAGCAGCGCAUGAUCGAUAUGCACCUCAAAGAUAUCGACCGCAUGGAUAAACAAGCCGAGCGCAUUUACCACUCUAUCACGGAUCUGCUCGAUCUGAAACAGAAACAUGCAAAUGCUUUCGAGGCCCGCUUCGCUCGCGACCAGGCGGCCGGUACCGCGCGCCAGAGCAAAACGAUUAUGGUUUUCACUGUCGUGACUAUUGUUUUCCUGCCAUUGUCAUUCAUUUCUUCCAUUUUCACUAUCAACUUGAAAGAGUUUGCCAAUUUGAAUCUAGGCUAUGUCGCAAAAUUCACCUUUGGAAUCGGAUUCGCGAUCUCCAUCCCGCUCGUCUGGGUCGCGUUGAUGGUCGAUGAUAUCGGUGGUUUCUUUCGCGUUGGCAGUCGGCGCUGGCGGUCCAAAAACAAGGCGCCGGCGACAAGUGAACGGAGUGAGCCGUUGCAGGCUUUGGAAAUGGAGAGAAUUCUUAGUGUGUCGCGGAUGCGCAGGAGCGUCGAUGUCGAAUACCGGGGUAAUGUGCUACCUAUUUCGACGCGCGGCUCUGUCGUGUCGAAACGGGCCGAGGCUUAUCCCGCUGGAUUGGGGAUUAGUACUGCAAGAAAGAGUUAUGAUUUACGAUCUAGUCAGGACUACCGAUCACGAUGA